CGAGCGCGUCCCCGUUUCCGCACGCGCUUCGCUGGUUAGGGGAGGUGGGGAGAAAGCGGGGAGCGCAGCCAAUCCAGUGCGCCCUCCGCCGCACCUCCCGCCCCAGGCUCCGCGUUCAGGCCUCAGGCCGCAGCCCCGCGCCUCCCUCUGCGCGCACUCUCCCGGGACAGCGGCAAGAACGACAGGUUUAGGUUGCUGUCGCACAGAUCAUGGCCUCUGCGUCGCCCCAGGCCCCCGCCGAGGGCUUGCCCUGGCCUCUGAGUCUCCUGCCGGCGCCCCUAGGGCUGCUGCGGCUGGACCCCACCGGCGGCGCGCUGCUGCUGCUCGGCCUGGCCGCGCUGCUCGGCUGGAGAUGGCUAUGGCGAUGCCGGGCGCUGGGCAUCCCCCCGGGGCCCAAGCCCUGGCCGGUGGUGGGCAAUUUCGGCUUCGUGCUGCUGCCGCCCUUCCUGCGUGGGAGGAGCUGGGUGCACCGGCAGGCGAGGGAGGCAGGCAUGGACCCCUCCAGCAUGGGCGCGCAUGUGUUGCUGGCCGAGCUAGCCCGUGUGUACGGCAACAUCUACAGCUUCUACAUCGGCCAGCACCUGGUGGUGGUCCUCAACGACUUCCACAGCGUGCGCGAGGCGCUGGUGCAGCAGGCCGAGGUCUUCAGCGACCGCCCGCGGGUGCCGCUCAUCUCCCUCGUGACCAAGGAGAAGGGGGUUGUAUUCGCACGUUAUGGUCCAAUCUGGAGACAACAGAGGAAGUUCUCUCAUUCAACGCUUCGUCAUUUUGGCUUAGGGAAGCUUAGCUUGGAGCCCAAGGUUAUCAAGGAGUUCAGAUAUGUGAAAGAGGAAAUGCUAAAGCACGGGCAAGACCCUUUCAACCCCUUCCCCAUCAUCAACAACGCCAUCUCGAACAUCAUCUGCUCCCUGUGCUUUGGCCAGCGCUUUGAGUACACCAAUAAUGAGUUUAAGAAAAUGCUUCAUUUUAUGUCACGAGGGUUAGAAAUCUGUCUGAACACCCAGCUCCAGCUGGUCAAUAUAUGCUCCUGGCUUUAUUACCUUCCCUUUGGACCAUUUAAGGAAUUAAGACAAAUUGAAAAGGACAUUACCGCUUUCCUUAGAAAAAUCAUCAAAGACCAUCGACAGUCUCUGGAUGUUGAGAACCCUCAGGACUUCAUCGACAUGUACCUUCUCCAUGUGGAGGAAGAGAAGAAAAAUAACAGCAAUAGUAGUUUUAAUGACGAUUACUUGUUGUAUCUCAUUGGGGAUCUCUUCAUUGCCGGAACGGAUACCACAACUAACUCUUUGCUUUGGUGCCUUCUGUAUAUGUCACUGAACCCUGGCAUACAGGAAAAGGUUCACGAAGAAAUUGAAAGGGUCAUUGGUGCUGACCGAGCCCCUUCUCUCACUGACAAGGCCCAGAUGCCCUUCACAGAAGCCACCAUCAUGGAGGUGCAGAGGCUGGCUAUGGUGGUGCCGCUCUCCAUUCCUCAUAUGACCUCGGAGAAAACAGUGCUCCAAGGGUACACUAUUCCCAAAGACACAGUGAUAGUACCCAACUUGUGGUUAGUGCACAGAGACCCAGCCAUUUGGGAGAAACCUGAUGAUUUCUACCCUGAACGAUUUCUGGAUGAUCAAGGACAACUUAUUAAAAAAGAAACUUUUAUUCCUUUUGGGAUAGGGAAACGGGUGUGUAUGGGAGAGCAGCUGGCAAAGAUGGAAUUAUUCCUGAUGUUUGUGAGUCUAAUGCAGAGUUUCACAUUCUCUUUACCUAAGGAUUCAAAGAAGCCUAUCAUGACUGGAAGAUAUGGUCUAACUUUAGCCCCACAUCCAUUUAACAUAAUCAUUUCAAAGAGAUAAAGAGCAUCUCCAAGGAGAGAUGGUGAACAGAAUGUAAAUACAUAUCCUUCUAAAUAGAAUUUUCCUUCUACACUUGACAGCGGAUCCAGCAACUCAGGUUAGCUUCAGAUUAGCGAGAUCCUAGAAAGAGGGUAGAGCAUACAGCUUUUAUCUUGGAGGAUUCCUCAGGGGGAUACUUUAGCCAUUUUAGUAAUGCAUAUCUGAUUUAAGGGAUGGAACCGAAGUACUGGAUUGGGAAGCAGGAGAUCUAGAUUUUAUUCCCAAGGGCGUAUACCAAUGAGCAUUUCUUCUCAUCUCUCAGUGCCUUAGUCAUUUUGUAUGUAAAAAAACUUGGGUAACAAAACUUGGCCUUCUGUCUCUCAGCAUUAAUGAAGGUCAAAUGCCUCCUAGCUUUUCUGGCAUCACCAAAGCACUGUUAUGUUCUAGAGAACCAAUUCAGGAGUAGAAGAAAGACCUACCUGUUUAAGACCUGUGACAACAUCACAGUGGUGUUCAGACUUGAAUACUUUGUCAGGGAAGGAUGUGAGUUUAGGCUGUUAGAGCUUUUCUUGGCACAGAUCCCAUGUCAGUUUUGGGUGGUUUGUUUUGUUAAUCUUUUUAUGAUUUUAGUUUUUACUUUUUGUAGACAUGGGAGGAAGUGGACCCCGGUCCAGUAUGUUGAGAAAAACCUUAUUGUCUGAAUUUAUAUGUCUACCUUCUAUUUCAAGUAUAUAAAAAGUGAGCCUGGCUGAAAAAGUAGUAGCUUCAUGGUAGAAUUCCUUUCUGCUGAGUUUACUUGCAAAGAUGUAGCUCUCUACCUUUUGACUUGAGCCCUGAAUAAUAAGCCUGGGAAUUUUGUACUGGGAUUCAUCAGGAAAGGAUUCAGAUUGGACUGAACACUUCUUUCCUAUUCUCCCUGCCACCAAGCCUAAUGUAUCUCAUCCUUGAAUACUCUCAAAGACAAGAAGUCAUUCUUACUAAGAGAACUAAAUUGUUUCUUAAUAAAGAAGGCCCCUCUAGAAGGGCAGUUCUCAAGAAAGGUAAUGACCUCUUUCAGAGGGUGUUUGGAAAUGUGUGGGUGCACAAUGAUGGGGGUGCUACUGGCCUUUUGCUGCCUUGAGGCCAGGAUACUAAAUAUCUGAGCAGUUCUGUACAAUGAAGAAUUGUCCUGCCGAGUAUGCCAAUAUUUCUCCCAAUGAGAACAUACUCAAAAGAAUGACUAGCCUUUUCCUUUAUUCUCCCAUAGUACCCCCUCUUUAUAUAGAUGUACUCAUGAUAGUUAAUAUGAACAACUUUAUUGUUUAGCCUUUCUUUCUGCUUGCACCAUAUUUAAUGUUUGACUUGUAAGCUGACAUAAUUCUUACAGAGACUUAGAUGCCAUUUUGUAGCCGAUGAAGCUGAGGCUUAGAACUGUUAAGGGACCUAGUUGAAAGAUACCAUUGUUCAUUGCAAACCUGCUAGUCUUCGUGACUAGACAGUUCUUUCUAAAUCACUUCUCGGUAUUGCCACCUCUCGAUCCCAUAGCAGUCUAUGCCUCUGCACUUUCAAUAUGGCUAAAUGAAAUACAGGUUUAUCUUUAGGUGCCUUGAUAAUUUUUGUUAAUUAAAAAAAC